UCAAUUCAAGUUCAUUCUGGUUCAGCUCUAGUUCAGGAUUAGUUCUAAUUUAGAUCUAGUUCAGUUGUUGGGCUUUCGCUGAUUGUUUUUUGUAACACCCUUUGGAAAACACCCAUACAUACAAUUAAUUUUCUUCAAGAAAAGUAAAAGUGACACUGUAAACGCUUUCGUGACUGGUGACAAUAUGUUGCUGUCAUAUUUUAUCAAUUCAAAUUCAAACAUGUGAAGGAAAGGAGGACGUCCACAAACGUAGUUAUAAAAUCAGCAGCAUUGAACAUAAUAUUUAAUGGAUGUAAUAUUUUACCCCCUUAUAUUGUAAACGAUACUGAAAUAAUCUCUUGAAAUAAAGUUGUCACUUAAAUAGUUUUUAUUUGAAACAUUUUUUAUCUUACUACAAAAAAUUUCCCCCUAAAAAUUUUUAACGUUUAGUUAUGAAUAAUCACAGCUAUCGCUCGUUUGAACUAAAAAAUCACAUUAAAGCCGAAAGCACUGGAUGGCGUAAAACAUUCUAUUAUCCGGGCGGAGGAACAUAUCAUGGCUAUUGGUUAAAUUCACAACAUCAUCGUUAUGGUGUCAAAGAGUCGAAGAAACCUUUGAUAUAUGAUGGUCAAUGGUCUCGGGGUAAACGUCAUGGUUAUGGUAUGAUGAGACGUCGUUUGGACGAUGGUACAAUGGAACGCAUAUAUAUGGGGGAAUGGUUUGAUGAUAUGAAAUCGGGUGAGGGUAAACAAUUUUACGAGGAUGGUGUCUACUAUGGCUGGUGGAAGAGUAAUCGACGUCAUGGUUUGGGUAUUAAAUGGUAUAAAAAUGGUAAUAUUAUGGGCGAAUGGCAAGCUGAUGCAUAUCAUGGUCUAGGUAUUAUGUUUUAUGCAAAUGGUAAUCGCUAUGAAGAAUUUGCUAGAGGUUUGAAAUCGGGCGAAGGAACUUUUUAUCAUAAUCGAACGGGUCAGGUACAGAAGGGAAUGUGGGAAAGUGAUAUAUGCAAAGUUUCGUUGAUGCAAGAUGAAUAUCGUAAUCAGGCGGAACAACCUACGGCAAAUCCAAUACCAAAGCUUCGGCUAGCGAAUCCAUCCGAUUUUAUACGAGAUUUAUUUGGAAAAUAUAAAAAUCAAACUAAUAAACCAUCAAAAUCCCUGCAGGAACUAAUUUGCUUAAAUUUUAAUCGCAAAAUGAAUAAUUAUGCGAAACUGCAACCAAAAUAUGCAACAACUUCAAAAAUCCCUGCCAUUGAUGUACAAUAUUCGUCAACUUGUAAAAAACCUGAAACAUUUUAAACUUUAACAGAUAUUUGAAAUUUUUCGCAAUAAUUUUACGUUUGAUUUUUUGAACUAAUAAAAAAAAUAUUCUUUAAUAA